UAAUAUUGCGGAGGAGUCACUGUCUCUAACCAGAGAGACUAAUCGAAUCUGCUCGGAAAGAAAAAACUCAGUCGCCGGCGAUUGAAAACGACGGCUCUCCGAACCUCUUCUUAUCUCUUCUUCAAGCAAACACUUUCCACAUCUCUCUUUCUCUGUAUCUAUCUCUGCUGAUAUUAUUUAUUAUGAUCGUCUCCUAGAGAGAUCACUAUCUCUCGGAAGUUUUUAACAGAGAAAUUGCUAAAAAUGGUGGAUCCGGGACCAAUUACGCCAGGCCAGGUAUCUUUUCUGCUUGGAGUAAUACCAAUUUUUGUUGGUUGGAUAUACUCCGAGCUACUUGAGUACAGGAAAUCUUGGGUUCCCUUAAAACCGCACUCAGAUAAUAAUCUGGUUGAAUUGGGAGAUGUAGCAGAGAAGGAUGAUGACAAAGCUGAUUUGUUGGAGGGAGGUCUUGCCCGAUCAACAUCGUUAAAGUUUCAUAAUUCAUCCAUCAGAACAAACAUAAUUAGGUUUUUGAGUAUGGAAGAUUCGUUUUUGCUGGAACACCGUGCAACGCUGAGAGCAAUGUCGGAGUUUGGAGCAAUUUUAAUCUAUUUCUAUAUCUGUGACCGCACAGAAUUGCUUGGAGAUUCUACUAAGAAUUACAACCGCGACCUUUUCCUUUUUCUCUACGUUCUUCUCAUUAUAGUAUCAGCCAUGACAUCUCUCAGAAAGCACAAUGACAAGUCACCUAUAUCUGGGAAAUCCAUUCUUUACCUUAAUCGCCACCAAACUGAAGAGUGGAAAGGAUGGAUGCAGGUUUUGUUCUUAAUGUAUCACUACUUUGCUGCAACUGAGAUAUACAAUGCCAUCCGUAUCUUUAUUGCUGCUUAUGUGUGGAUGACUGGUUUUGGAAACUUCUCGUACUACUAUGUCAGAAAGGAUUUCUCUGUUGCACGUUUUGCACAGAUGAUGUGGAGGCUGAACUUCUUUGUAGCAUUUUGUUGUAUCGUUCUCAACAAUGACUAUAUGCUGUAUUACAUCUGCCCAAUGCACACUCUCUUCACUUUAAUGGUGUAUGGAGCUCUGGGUAUCUGCAGCAAGUACAAUGAUAUAGGAUCUGUGAUGGCUUUGAAGAUAUUUUCAUGCUUCCUCGUUGUCUUUUUGAUGUGGGAAAUUCCUGGAGCUUUUGAAAUAUUCUGGGGUCCAUUAACAUUCUUAUUAGGUUACAAUGAUCCUGCAAAGCCUGAUCUUCAUCGACUGCAUGAAUGGCACUUCCGAUCAGGCCUUGACCGCUACAUAUGGAUUAUCGGGAUGAUUUAUGCCUAUUAUCACCCAACUGUAGAGAGAUGGAUGGAGAAGUUAGAGGAGUGUGAAACAAAGAAAAGACUAUCCAUAAAAACCACUAUUGCUACUAUUGCGGUGCUUGUUGGCUAUGUGUGGUAUGAAUGUAUCUAUAAGCUGGACAAGACCAGUUACAACAUGUAUCAUCCAUACACAUCUUGGAUCCCAAUCACUGUUUACAUAUGCCUUCGGAAUUUCACCCACCAGCUACGGAGUGUCUCAUUGACUCUCUUCGCAUGGCUCGGCAAGAUCACUUUAGAAACUUACAUUUCCCAGUUUCAUAUAUGGCUAAGAUCAAACAUGCCUGAUGGGCAACCAAAAUGGCUUCUCUCUAUCAUUCCGGGAUACCCUAUGCUGAAUUUCAUGCUCACAACUGCGAUAUACGUCCUCGUAUCUCACCGUCUCUUUGAACUAACCAACACACUCAAGACGGUUUUUGUACCCACAAAAGACAACAAACGUCUCUUAUCUAACUUCAUAGCUGGGAUCGCCAUCGCUCUUCCUCUCUAUUGCUUCUCAUUCGUUCUCCUUCAGAUUCAUCGCUAAAAAACCGCAGAAAGAAGUGUUUUUCUUUGUGGAUCAUCUUCGUGUGCACAUUCAGCUUCGGAGGACGUUCGUUCAACAUAUGCAGAAACCAACAUAUCUGUCAACUUCUUUGCUCUCUAUUGCCAUACGAAAUCGAAGUGAAUGUUUAUAUAACAGAAAUGUAUAUUUUUUUGAAAAUGCAUGCUAUAUAAAAUUUUGGUCGAAUUGCAAAUCUC